AUGGCCCAGGCAUGUCCCAGCUCGCAGCCCAACGCUGCACCCAUUGGCAUCGAAUCGCCAGCAGGCCCACCGCCGCUUUUCGCGGGCCAUCCCAGCUCGCCUGCGUUCACCAUCGAGAGACCGAGCCUCUUCGCGCGUCCGUCCAAGAUGACGCCUCUCCAAAUCCGCAGACAAGAGCGGUGGAAUGCGUCGUCGUACCCAAACCGUCCGCCGCUCAUCGAGGGAUCAUCGAGCCGCAUGGGCGAGGCACCCGACUCCUACGGGCUGCUGUCGACCCCGUCUCUUGCUAUACUGCUAGAGCACAACGCCACGGCUAGUCUUUCCUCGUUUGCGACAUCAUGCACAGAGCCUCAAGCAUCGCGGCGCAUUACGAUCCAGCAGCUGAUAGAGCGGCAAGCGGAGAAACCCGCUCGCCGCGACGGGCUGUUGAAGUCAGAAGAGAUGCAGUGCAUGCUCUACUCGCUCUCCAAGCGUGCUGUGAAGGGCGCACGCGCCAACGUGCGCGCGAGCGUGAGGAAGCUGAAGCUGCUGGAGAAGGAGUGCACGUUGCUUUCGGAGGAUGCAUACGUGGGCCGUGCGGCGCGGCUCCGCGAGGAGCUCGCAAGUCGCAAGAAGUACCUGGAUCGUGUGCUCAGGGAUGCGCGGCAGGAAAGGGAGGGGAUUAUGCGAUUGAAAGCGUUGGCUCGUGCACAGUCCGAUGAGAUCGAGUUGCGCUGCGCUCAAGCACCCACAGCACACGAGUUGUCUCUAGUACCCGCAGGAAAGACUUCACGCUGGGGAGUCUACCCACAUGACGUUCUCGCCCAGGCUAGAUUCUGGAGCGCCUACAAGACGUUUUGCGCUGGGAACGUUUCGGAGGAUGGCAAGUCGCCGUUGCAAUACGAAGGCCGCGUCAUUGACCUCUAUGUGCUCCACACCGUGGUCGCUGAUCUGGGUGGAGCGGAAGCAGUCACUCGUCACGGCCUUUGGCCCUUCGUCGGCGGUAAGCUUGGCUUUUCGCAAGUCCCCGCAACCAGCCACACACCCGCCAUAUCAAGCCUCAGCUCGGCGCUAUACGUAUACAAGAUCUACUGCGAGUACCUGGAUGAGUACAAUAAGCGCUCCGCGACGUCCGCUGAUCUGGAGGACAAGGAGGGCGCUUAUCACGCGCAGAACUGUCAAUUGCAGAGUGAUUUGGCCCCAGCUUCGCCAUUCCAUUGCCAGCCCAGCGGAGAAGCUGUCGUCGCGUCCGGUGGCGUCAUGCCGUCUUUAGUUACAACAAAUCGUGGAAGAACCUAUCAAUACCUUGCUCUCCUUCAGGUCAUCGUUCUCAUGGUAUCGACAUGCUUCUUUAUACUCGCUUAUCUCAAGACUGGGGAAUCCUGGUUCCUACUCUGUGCAGCCAUCGAAAUGCUCAUCGGGGUUCACAAGAAGAAACCCGUGCGGAUGGCUAUGCAAGCUGAGAGUGACGGUAGAUGCACCGCAGAGAAAGGGUGGGGCGUUGAAGGGGACGUUGCGGUUGUAGCUGAGAAGAGCAAGUAGGGGGUAAUGUUCAGUGCACGGCGUGUGCCUGGUCACACCAAUUGUUGUCCGUCUAUAUUGAUCGCGUGAACGCUUGCUUGUAGGCGACUCCCGUCUAUCCACGCUCCUGUUGUGCACCUCUAUGAACUACGCUCUGCAUGGAUCUGGCUCUAUGUAUUAUCCGGGUAAAGACUCGUGUGCGCUGAUCUCAGAUCGACUUCGAUCACCCGAGUCUGAAUACAUUGCAGGAUCGCUUCACCAACCCAGCGAA